UCAUGUCAUGCGUCUCUGGUUGCCCGGGUAACCGCUUUGCCUUCCUCGAGGAAAGCGGAACUAGAAUUUUUCCCGCCAGUUUGGUUCGAGGAAAGAUCAAGCGCGCGAGGGGGGCGGCGUGUGUUGUGGCCUCUUGUGUCGAGAUGGCGGAUGUGUUGGAAGGGCCUCGGGUUCGUGUCGCUGCCAGUCAAUUGCCGCAGUACAUUGGGAAGGCCGUUUGUUUCGUGGGACGUCUGGAAAAGAUCCAUCCAUCUGGGAAAUUCUUCUUCCUGUCUGACGGAGAAGGAAAAACUGCAACUAUUGAGUUGAUGGCACCUCUUGAGGAAGAGAUCUCAGGAGUCAUUGAAGUAGUCGGAAGAGUUACAAAUCAAGUAAAUGUCUUGUGUGCAUCAUACACCCAAUUCAGGGAAGAUAAAGAUACGUUUGAUAUUGCACUGUAUAAUGAAGCUGUGAAAACUAUCCAUGAGUUCCCCGAGUACUAUCCUUUUGCUACGAACUGACAUUUCAUUACAACUUCCAAGUGGACAGUUCUACAAUACUUAUUGAAGAUAACUAUUCAAGGAUUUCAUUUGGAAACAAAGUAGCUUAAAAUACUCUUGAGGCAUCUCGCAUUUCUAUGAUGAAGUUUAGAAAUUUCUGGAUUUUGUUUCUGUACAGUGGACCUUGAUGGUGCUGCAAUCACGGCAAAGAAAAAGCUGUCUUUUGUGGAAGAAUAGGGAAUAUGUGGCUCUCCAGGUUUUAUUGGGACAAUAGUCAGCAAACAUAGAUGGUGUGGUAGUGGGAAGAGAUAGCCCCACAUCUGGAAGGACACAGAUUCCCUGUUGCUGCUUAACUGCCAAUGCCAUUUCAGUUAUCAUGCACCAUCAUUUGACAACCAGUGUGUAGAGUGUAAAAUAGAUUGCUUUGAUAUUUGCAAGAGACAUUUUUAUGUAAUGUUAAAUACAUUAUGUACAAGACACUGCACUGAUGUUUGUAAGAGGCAUAUUUUUAAAAUUAGGAAGCAAUUCUGUUUGUAAGAAUAAAGCAUACAAAUGUUACCUGA